AUGGAACCGCCACACGCGCCACCCCACCACCACACGGUAGAGGGGGGCCGGGACGGCCCCCACAGACUGGGCAACAACGCGUUCCACACCCCAUCGGGUGGAAGGGGCGGAGGGGUACCACCAGGCCAGUCGCGGGAUUCGCGAGCGCGCGCAGCCCGCACCCGUCCACGUGCGCAGAAGGCGUCGGGAGACAACACGUGCAGCCCACUGAGGGCGAGGUCACGGGCGGUGCCGCCAUUCCAACCGCCACCCCGGUCACAACGACACGGCACAUCGGCCAGCCAAUCCACAGCACACACCCGGGCCCGGUCCCCCGUCCACUACCAUCCCAGCCACAUUCGCGGUAGCAGCCACACGCUUCCGCCGGAGUGGAGGCAUUCCACCGGCGUCGGGCGCGGACACAUUACCACGUCCACGGGUGCGGCAACCGAGGGGGGGCCCCCAAUCCACCCGCCAGCAGCACCCACCGCCCAUAUAUCCAACACCACACACCGGGAACUGUCCACCAGCAGCACCCGGCACACCGGGCGCGUUCGGGCUCCCCAAACAGUCAACGAGCCCGAGCCUAUAAUGUCAGUUGCCUAUUUUACCACCGUCCGCGACCCACCCACCACGCGGGGGACGGGGCAGGGGGGCGGCGUGCACGCCACUCCGUCACUUCCACCCCGGCCCACAGGCGCGACGCUUUCCAAGACUCCACCUGGCUAG